CAUCGCUAACUCACAACAAUUCCAGUAAUCUUAAGUUCUGAUUUUAAGUUCAACAUAUAUAUAUGGCUGAAGCUUUCCUUCAAAUUCUGCUAGAAAAUAUCACUUCUUUCAUCCAAGGGGAACUUGGAUUGCUUCUCGGUUUUGAAAAUGACUUUGAAAAUAUUUCGAGCAGGUUUUCUACAAUUCAAGCCGUGCUUGAAGAUGCUCAGGAGAAGCAACUAAAGGACAAGGCAAUUAAAAACUGGUUACAGAAACUCAAUGCUGCUGCGUAUAAAGUUGAUGACCUAUUGGACGAAUGUAAAUAUGAGGUAGCAAGACUCAAGCAGUCUCGAUUAAAACGUUAUCAUCCAAAGACUAUUGCUUUCCGUCACAAGAUUGGGAAAAGGAUAAAAGAGAUGAUGGAGAAACUAGAUACAAUUGCUAAGGAAAGAAUGGAUUUUCAUUUGCACGAAAAGAUUAUAGAAAGACAAGUUGCUAGACCGGAAACAGGUGCUCAUCUUAAAUUAGUAUUACAACAACUUUGUCUAUAUUCAUUUUUUUGGCAAUUAUCAAAUUCAUGUGUGUGUUAGGGGUGAGGGAAAGUUUCAAAGA